AACACAUGUGAGUUGGGAGGAGAAAAACAAACACAUGACAUGGAUGUAAAGUUAAGCUAAUGUGUUUUUCCUAAGAAACCCAUUCACUCAAACAUACCCUGAUGAAAGCAGUCAGAAAGUGCUGGAAAUGAACAUGAGGCUUUUUUACAGGGGUCUACCUCUCUUACUGGUGAACAUAGCAGGAUGGGGAACAGCUACCCAGUCGACAAUAUAUAUGGACGGGCUUCCUGUAAAUGCUCUGAAUGGGAUAAGCCCCCCCUGUACACACACUAUAGUACAGACUCUGCCCUGGUGGAGACUAGACCUGCAGAAGAGCUACAGCGUGAACAGAGUCUCCAUCACUAACAGACUGGACUGCUGCAGUGAGAGGAUCAACGGUGCUGAGAUUCGCAUCGGAGACGUUCCUUCAGAUGUGUUCAGCAACCCAGUAUGUGCAGUAGUUUCUACCAUUCCAGCAGGACAGACGUUCAGCUACUCGUGUAAUGGGAUGCAGGGACGUUACGUGUUUGUGGAUAUUAAUGCACCUUCAAGCAUUCUUACUCUCUGUGCUGUAGGAGUCUUUGUGGUUUUUCCAGAUAAUUUGGCAACAGGUAAAAACGUGAUGCAGUCAUCAACCUACAGCUCCUGGAUUCCUGAACAGGCCAUUGAUUUCAAUCCAGGAUUAUCAGAUCCAUCAAUAGGGUGUUCCUCAACCAAUGGUCAAACUGACCCAUGGUGGAGGCUGGAUCUGGGCCACAUUUACCAAGUGAGUACAGUAGUGGUCACUAACAGACUAAACUGCUGUCCAGAACGAAUAAACGGAGCCGAGAUUCACAUCGGAAACUCUUUGGAGAACAACGGCAACAACAAUCCCAUAUGUGCUGUGAUUUCCAGUAUUCCUGCUGGAGUUUCUGCCACCUUCGCCUGUAACAAUAUGGAGGGUCGAUAUGUGAGUCUGUUGAUUCGUGGAGAGAUGAAGUAUAUCACUCUGUGUGAAGUGGAGGUCUAUGGACAAGGUCCAUGUUUGAAGCAGUCAUUGAUGAAGCUGAAGCUCAACUCUAGCUUUAGUCUUUCUGAAGUCCGUCUCCUGACACAGCUGGAAUCUGCUCUGGCACAAAGAGGCUUUUCUGACGUCACGCUGCAAUGGACACAACUGCCCAAACAGGAAGUGAUACAGAAGAAAGUGGAGCAAGGUCAGUGUGUGAAUUAAAACAUUAUAGACACCAUGAAACAGAAGUUAAGUGUUUUUUUUACCCAUAUUACAAAGUACAUCCAAUUAAAACAGUCUUGAAAUGAGGAUUUUGUUCUUUGGGAACUGACUGUAUCAUUGGAAGAUGGGUGUUGCUAACAAACUGAAGCAAGAUUGACAAAUGAAUGAAGUCAGAGCAGAAACAAGAUGUUCCCUGACAUUCCCACCUUAAAGACUGAUAUUCCCAUUCUAAAGCAGUGUCAAGUGCUCAGGUGUUCACAUUUUGUACGUCUUCCUUAAUGCACCUAAUUCAGAUUAUCAGCUCCAUGAUCCAUUAACUGAUCCCUGUCUGUCAAACAAGAGAGACAUAAAAACAUGUGCAGUGUAGGGGGUCCCAAGGUACAGAAUUGCGAAUCACUGACUGAUAGCCCCACCCUAAAGGA